AUGGAGACUUGCAACUUCACGGGGGGUUCUGUCCCAUCCUUCUGGCUGGUCGGCUUCCCCAGCCUCCAGGAUCACCAGUUCCCCCUCUUUUUCGUCUUCCUCGCCUUCUACCUGCUCAUCCUUUCCAGUAACGUCACCAUCAUCGUGGCCGUGGCCACCGACCCCAAACUCCACAAGCCCAUGUACUUUUUCCUGACCAACCUUUCCAUCUUAGACAUCCUCCUCACCACCAUCACCAUCCCCCGCAUGCUGGCCAUGUUCUUGGUCAAUGCCAAGUCGGUCUCCUCCAAGGGAUGCUUCUUGCAGAUGUACUUCUUCCACGGGCUGGCGGUGACGGAGACCUUUCUCCUGGUGGUGAUGUCCUACGACCGCUACGAGGCCAUCUGCCACCCCUUGCACUACGCGGUCCGGAUGACCAAGCAGAAGAACCUGCAGCUGGCUGCCGGAGCUUGGUUCUGCGCGCUGUUGGUCCCCAUCCAACCGAUUGUCCAGUUGUUUCAGCUGACCUUUCGCCAGACGCCCAGGGUCAACCACUGCUUCUGCGACCACUUGGCGGUGGUCCAGGCUGCUUGCCCAAACGCCUACACCACGUUCCAAAGUUUUCUGGGCUUUAUCAUUGCUAUGACUGUCGCCUUUGGUCCUCUGCUGCUUGUGGUCAUCUCCUACGCCUGCAUCAUGGUCUCCGUCUUGCAGAUCAGGUCCAAGGAAGACCGCAGGAGGACCUUCUCCACUUGCUUCUCUCACCUGUUGGUGGUCAUCACGUACUACUCCUCCAUUGCUCUGGCCUUUCUCUCCUACCGCGUCCAGAUGCCCAGCGACAUCCACAUUCUGAGCGACAUGAUUUUUGCCAUUUUAACGCCUUUGGUCAACCCUCUUAUUUACACUCUGAGAAACAGGGACAUCAAGAGGGCGGUGAGAAAGCUGGCGUCCUCAAAAGUCUUCUCCAUGCAGAAAGAAAGGCUCCGUUUAGACCAACUGAGGUCGAAGGAGAUUUAA